ACCUGGGAAUCAGAUGUAAAUGUAGUAAUUUUCAUAUUCAUUGUUUACUCUCUUAUCUCCAUUUGUAGGAUAGUCUUUUUUCUCUGUCUGACUUAUCAUAUAUCUCACUUUAAGAAAAGAUGAGGGCUUCCCUGGUGGCGCAGUGGUUGAGAAUCCGCCUGCCAAUGCAGGGGACACAGGUUUGAUCCCUGGUCGGAAGAGCCCACGUGCCGUGGAGCAGCUAAGCCCGUGCACCACAACUGCUGAGCCCACGUACCGCAACUACUGAAGCCUGCACACCUAGAGCCCGUGCUCCGCAGCAAGAGAAGCCUGCCGCACCACAACGAAGAGUAGCUCCCACCCUCCACAACUAGAGAAAGCCCGUGCACAGAAGACCCAAUGCAGUCAAAAAUAAAAUAAAUAAUCUUAAAAGAAAAGAUGAACUUCCCAGCCAUUAAAGCAAUACAUAGAGAAUCACAGUGAAAACUUUGAUACGUGUCACAUCCAGGUGCUAGUUAGUCAAGAAUGCCACGUAAACUAGACCAGCCCUCACCAGUGGAAUUCUGUGUCCCUUGUUGCCAUGAAACAUCUGAAGAUCAAUUAUUGGAGUGAUCAGCUUGAAAGAAGCACACAUUUUAUAUUGCUUCUUUGUCGCUAAGGUGGAGAAGGGAAGGGCAGUCGGCAGAUAUAGAAAGUGGCGGGGUGGGGAAGAAAUGGUAGAAAUUGCAUUUUGUUUUCAUCUUACCUGUCAACCACUCCUGAAGCAGUCUGCUUUCCAGGUUAACCCCCUGCACUGAUUUGGUCUGAAGGGAGGAAAAGAUAGCAGACGCAGCUUUCAGUGAUUAUCCUUGUGUCUUAUUCUAUCUGCCUGAUGACUUGUAACACUGAUUUCCCACCUUUCUUUCAUGUUUCCAGUCAAAUAUCAUGCCCUUUGAGCUGAUAACAUUUUCCAAUUGAAAAUCCACCUUGGGGACCUGGUCAAAGCAGAGGUCUCUGGAGCUGUGGGCGCAAUGUGCUGAGUGACGGGCUUUCACUGCACAUGGGCGUCGCUGGCUGCGUGUGGCCCACGGAAGAGCCACCAGUAGGUUCAAGCCAAUCCAGCCUUCCCUUUGAAGCAGCUGACCCAAGUCCUAGACCAAAAGUGAAAAGAAAAUCAGUUGUCAGAUCAGACCCCAGGGACGCUGCACCGUUACAGGGAUUAUUUUAAUAGAUGGCCAAGUCUGAUAAGGUUGCUGGUGUCGUCGGCCGUGCAGACCUCCUGGGUGCCCUGUUUUUUCUGUUAUCUUUCCUUGGCUACUGUAAAGCAUUUAGAGAAACUAACAAGGAGGGGACACAUUCCACGUUCUGGGUGUUGCUGAGUAUCCUUCUGGGAGCGGUGGCCAUGCUGUGCAAAGAGCAAGGGAUCACUGUGCUGGGUUUGAAUGCUGUCUUUGACAUCUUGGUGAUAGGCAGAUUAAAUGUUCUGGAAGUGGUCCGGAAGGUACUACAGAAGGGCAAAUCAUUAGAGAACCCUGGCGUGCUCAGGACUGGGGGCCUCCUCUUCAGGAUGACUCUCCUGGGCUUGGGGGGAGCAGGGGUGCUCUACGUGCGCUGGAAGAUCAUGGGCACUGGCCCCCCUGCCUUCACUGAGGUCGACAACCCCGCCUCCUUCGCUGACAGCAUGCUGGUCAGGGCCAUAAACUAUAAUUACUACUAUUCAUUGAAUGCCUGGCUGCUGCUGUGCCCCUGGUGGCUGUGUUUUGAUUGGUCAAUGGGCUGCAUCCCCCUCAUUAAGUCAGUCGGGGACUGGAGGGUAAUUGCUCUAGCCGCACUCUGGUUCUGCCUAAUUGGCCUGAUAUGCCAAGCCCUGUGCUCUGAAGACAGCCACAAGAGAAGGAUUCUCACGCUGGGCCUGGGACUUCUCAUCAUCCCGUUUCUUCCCGCAAGUAACCUGUUCUUCCGGGUGGGCUUCGUGGUGGCGGAGAGGGUCCUGUACCUCCCCAGCGCCGGCUACUGCAUGCUGCUGACUUUCGGAUUUGGAGCCCUCAGUAAACAUACUAAGAAAAAGAAACUGAUUGCCGCUCUUGUCCUGGGAAUCUUACUCAUAAACACACUGAGAUGCGUGAUUCGCAGCGGUGAGUGGCGGAGUGAGGAACAGCUUUUCAGAAGCGCCCUGUCUGUGUGUCCGCUCAAUGCCAAGGUUCACUACAAUGUUGGCAAAAACCUGGCUGAUAACGGCAAUCAGACUGCUGCUAUCAGAUAUUACCGAGAAGCUGUGAGAUUAAAUCCGAAGUACGUUCAUGCCAUGAAUAAUCUGGGAAAUAUCUUAAAAGAAAGGAAUGAACUCCAGGAAGCAGAGGAGCUGCUGUCUUUGGCUGUACAGAUACAGCCAGACUUUGCUGCCGCGUGGAUGAAUUUAGGCAUCGUGCAGAACAGCCUGAAACGGUUCCAGGCUGCCGAGCAAAGUUACCGGACGGCCAUCAAGCACCGGAGAAAAUACCCAGAUUGUUACUACAACCUUGGGCGUUUGUACGCAGACCUGAACCGUCACGUGGAUGCGCUGAACGCGUGGAGGAAUGCUACGGUGCUGAAGCCAGAGCACAGCCUGGCCUGGAACAACAUGAUCAUCCUCCUGGAUAACACAGGUAAUUUAGCCCAAGCCGAAGCUGUUGGACGAGAGGCACUGGAAUUAAUACCUAAUGAUCACUCUCUGAUGUUCUCCUUGGCAAACGUGCUGGGAAAGUCCCAGAAAUACAAGGAAUCCGAAGCUUUAUUCCUCAAAGCAAUUAAAGCUCAUCCAAAUACUGCAAGUUACCAUGGCAAUUUGGCUGUGCUUUAUCAUCGUUGGGGACAUCUAGACUUGGCCAAAAAACACUAUGAGAUCUCUCUGCGGCUUGACCCGACAGCGUCAGGAACUAAGGAGAAUUACAGUCUUCUAAGAAGAAAGCUGGAACAAAUGCAAAAGAAAAACGUCUGAUCCUUUUCCCUUCAUUUUUUGAGUUUGUGUGUGUGUGUGCAUGAGGCAGAUUGUUUAAUAUCAUGUGCUUACGUUUAACCGUUCAAAAGUCUCACGUUUUUUUAUUCCUAUGAAAACAAAGACAUGCAAAAAGAUUACAGCACCAGCAAUAUAUUCUUGAAUGCUUGAUGUGGUUUUUGCAUUGAAAUUGUAUUUUUUCAGACAACUCAGUCGUAACUUCUAAAAUUCCAAAGAGGAAGUCUUUUUUUAAUUAAAAAGAAAAAAGAGAAAAAUAUUAUCUUGGAAAAGCAGAAUUAAAGCUGCAUUUGGGAUGUGAGUCGUGUUGUUGUAGAGACUCAACUGUUAAACAUCGACUGUGAACAAGAAAUGACAAACUGACUCCUGCAAUUUAUAUAAAUAUCUAAUGUGUCUGUAUAUUAGCAUUUUUAUUUAAUGACAAGAAAGAGUAAAUUAAGAUUUUUGGUUUUUUAAUCUUUUUUUUCCAAACAAUAUGCUGUGAACUUCAUUUGUAAGGAAAUAUUUAUUUGUAUUUUUAUGUUUUAAACGGGGCGAAUAAUUGAAUGAAGAAUGGAAAUUUUAACAUCUAGUGUAUUUACGCUUUUUCCAUAGGAAGAAAUUCAGUCCUGCAAUAUUUUUUGGCUUCCUCAACUCGUACUGUUUCAUAACAUAGGAAAUUAUGUAGUAUUCUACAUAACUGUCACUAUUAAUAGAAGAUUCAAGCCCAGCUUUAGACAAGAGCAGGCAGCCUGAUGUCUUUAUUUUUGUUACAGCCAGUAUUAAGAGGGCUACACAUCUAUGUAAGAUGUUUUUUUAUGUUUUUAACUGGAAAGCAGUUUUCCAUUUAGCUUCAUGGAACCAUAGUCAUUACUAUUAUAUCCAGAAAAUACAAGAGGCAAAUUUUCUCUCAAAAGGACCCAUAUUUGGGGAGUUGGUGAUAUUUUUAAGAAUUGGAUUACUUAUCCUCUUUUUUUGGAUCAGGAUAAUCAUGUUCACUUUGCUUUAUUCUUCUAUAUAUGCUGUUGACCUAGUGAUUUAUGCAAUCUCUGUAAUUUCUUAUACAGUAAAAUUAUUACAGAAACCAGUA